UAAAAUAAUUCACAAUCCAAACAUGAAAUCCACAAUCCAAAUCGUAUUUUUUGUUCUUUACUUUUCUUUUACUAUGAACUCAAUUCAUGUUCUUAGUGGAAGCUCUAAAUCAAAAUCUUUCUCCUAUAUCCUUUCUUGUGGUGCAUCAGGAAGUGAUGGUACAGAUGCAGAUGGGCGAAAAUGGAGCCCUGACAUAAAGUUUCUAGCCUCUUCUGGUAAUUCAGAAACAGCUACAGCUCAAUUCCAGGACCCUUCCUUGCCAUCUACAGUGCCAUACAUGAAUGUAAGAAUUUUCAGAUCAACAUCAUCAUACAAGUUCUCUGUUUCUCCUAAGACCCGCCUUUGGCUCAGGCUCCAUUUUUACCCGUCUAAUUAUAACAAUCUUGAUCCAUCCAUGGCUUACUUUUCCGUUAUCGCGAAUGGCUUCACUCUUCUGAAAAAUUUCAGUGCCUCCAUCACAGCAAAAGCUCUUACACUGGCCUAUAUUGCUAGAGAAUUCUCUCUAACACCUGUCGAAUCCGGUGAUCUCAAUGUUACUAUCACUCCUUCUACUGAACAAAGUGGAUCAUACGCUUUUAUCAAUGGCAUUGAAGUGAUUCCUAUGCCUGAUAUAUUCAAAAAGCCUGCUGUUUUGGUUGAAUAUAGUGAUCAAUUUGUUGAUGUUCAAAGCUCUUCUUUGCAAACAAUGUUUAGGAUAAAUAUAGGUGGACAGUCCAUUGCUCCAAACAAUGACUCUGGGCUUACACGAACAUGGUACGAUGAUUCACCAUAUCUGUUUGGUGCUGCAAUUGGUGUCACCUCCGAGGUAGGUAAAAAUGUUAGAAUUCAAUAUUCAAAAGAUGUAACAGAAGAUAUUGCACCUUUGAAUGUGUACAGUACUGCACGAACAAUGGGGCCAGAUCCAAAAGUUAACAAAAAUUAUAAUCUCACUUGGGUAUUUCAGGUUGAUGCAAAUUUCACAUAUGUUGUUAGGUUACAUUUUUGUGAGUAUCAGGUUACCAAAAUUAACCAAAGAGUGUUUGAUGUUUUUGUUAACAAUCAAACAGCGGAGAGCGGGGCCGAUGUCAUUGGCUGGGCAGGAUCUCAGGGAAUACCAGUUUAUAAGGAUUACGCAGCCUAUGUUACCGAUCAAUCCGGAGAUGAUGAGAUAUGGGUGGCAUUGCAUCCUACUGUAUCGAUGAAGCCUGAAUACUAUGAUGCAAUUCUUAAUGGACUGGAGGUUUUCAAAGUGAAUGACACAGAUGCAAAUUUGGCUGGCCCUAAUCCUGUGCCAUCAGAAAUGCUUGUUAAUGCAGAAGCAGCAGAAAAAGAAUUCUCUCCAUCAGCGUCUAGAGUUGGCCCUUUGCUUGGUGGAGUUGCUGGAGGGCUUACUGGCUGUGUUUUAGUGGUUGCUGUAUUUGUUUUUGUUAAUAAAAAGAACAAUGUUGGUAAGGACUGUAAAAUGGGCAAUUGGUUGCCGCUUUAUGGCAAUUCCCACACAUCAACAAGCAAAUCAACAAUAUCGGGAAAAAGCAAUACCGAUAGCCAUCUUUCAAGUCUUGCAGCUGGUCUCUGCAGGCAUUUCUCCUUAUGGGAGAUUAAACAUGGCACCAAAAACUUUGAUGAAUCUCAGGUUAUUGGUCUUGGAGGAUUUGGCAAGGUUUAUAGGGGUACUAUAGAUGGAGGAACAAACGUUGCUAUUAAACGAUCAAACCCUUCCUCAGAACAAGGAGUUUAUGAAUUUCAGACUGAAAUCGAGAUGCUCUCAAAGCUGAGACACCGGCAUUUGGUCUCCUUGAUAGGGUUUUGUGAAGAAGAUGGAGAGAUGAUUCUGGUAUAUUAUUACAUGGCUAAUGGGACUUUAAGGGAGCACCUUUAUAAGAGCAAUAAACAUCCCUUGUCAUGGAAGCAAAGAUUGGAAAUAUGCAUUGGAGCUGCAAGAGGACUUCACUAUCUUCACACUGGUGCCAGGUACACAAUCAUUCAUAGAGAUGUUAAAACUACAAACAUUUUAUUGGACGAGAAUUGGGUGGCAAAAGUUUCAGAUUUUGGACUGUCAAAAACAGGUCCAAAUCUUAACCAAGGUCAUGUUAGUACAAUGGUGAAAGGUAGUUUUGGUUACUUGGACCCUGAAUACUUCCGUAGGCAACAAUUGACUGAAAAAUCCGAUGUUUACUCUUUUGGGGUAGUCCUUUUUGAAGUGUUGUGUGCAAGACCGGCAUUGAAUGCAAACUUGCCAAAGGAACAAGCUAGUUUGGCUGAUUGGGCUGGACACUGCCAAAGGAAGGGAACUCUCCAUGAAAUCAUUGAUCCACAUCUUAGGGGAAAGAUUAAUCCUGAGUGCCUUAAGAAAUUCGCAGACACAGCUGAAAAGUGUGUAUCCAAUCAUGGGAUUGAUCGCCCUUCAAUGGGUGAUGUGCUGUGGAAUCUUGAGUUUUCCCUUCAAUUGGAGAAAAAUCCAGGCAUGGUGGUGGCAGCUGAAAAAAAGGCCAAUAAGGCUUAA